AUGCCUGAGCAGGUGAAGCCAACUCAAAGGCCAAGGUCGAAGUCGUCACUAAGUGAUAAGGAAACUCAUAUAACCUUCUGGAAGCUGUUCAAGAACGAGCUUAGGAAGAAUUUGGAUUCGAAGCCAGAAAGAACGACCCCAGAUUUAAAGUACAUCCAGUCAUUGGAACAUUUGACCAAUCUCUACACAGUGCCCUUCUAUCUUGAACAAUUCAUGAGUUUUGGGUUGGUCUAUUGUUUAAACUCGUUUCUGACAUUGUUGACGAUCAUUCCGUUGAGGGUGCUAAUGGUAUCCAUCCUGAAACUUCGUGCAGCGUUUACGAAUAGUGUCCCCGGCAGGUACAGAUUCAAAAGAGAAGAUGUAACAUGGAUUUUGUUGCUUUUGAGCAGUUCAAUUGCCAUUUCCAGUAUAGAUACUUCCAAGAUUUACCACAAUAUUAAAGCUGGUACCGUCAUAAAGUUGUAUGUUAUGGUGAGUGUACUAGAAGUUGCCGAUAAACUAUUAUCAUCUCUGGGUCAAGACAUAUUAAGGGUGUCGUUCAAUUUUCCAUUAGAAAGAAGCCUUUCUUGCGCAGGAAAAUGCUUCCUGGUUGCGUUGCUGAGCACAACCUACAUCAGCGUUCACGCAUGUGUCUUCGUAUACCAAAUUAUGUCGUUGAACGUCGCCGUCAAUUCGUAUUCCAAUGCUCUGUUGACGUUGCUUCUCUCUGUGCAAUUUGCUGAAAUCAAAUCCGCAGUAUUCAAACGGUUAGAAAGGGAAGGUUUAUUCCAGAUGGCAUGUGCUGAUCUAUAUGAACGAUUCCAACUGUUUCUAAUGCUCUUCAUCAUCAGUGUCCGAAAUCUGGUACAGUUAUUAAUGUCUACUGAAUUCUCCAUUAGAUCACGCUCCUUGGGCGAAAACAUAGCCAUAUCUCCAGUGGUAAUCAGUUGGAUAGGCAUGCUGAUGGGCCCGUCUUUUGCGGUGAUCGGCUCUGAAUUAUUGGUUGAUUGGUUAAAGCAUCUUUACAUUGGAAAAUUCAACCGCAUAAAACCUCAGAUUUACAGAAGGUACACAAGAAUACUAAGCCAAGAUUUCCUACGUGAGUACCGGCAAAAUGACCCGGACUGUACGAACCCACCUGCGACAACAGAGAGCUUUGCUACCAUGAACAUUCGUUUGGGCUUACCAUUGUUGCCGAUAACUGUUGCAUUCUGUAAGAUGGUGAUUUCCAGCGUUCGAAAAGCCUGUAGUACCCAGAAUUUUGAUCAAAGUGUCCUCUUAGCCGUGGCAUCCGCGGCUGUCAUCUUGAUCCUUCUUCGCAUGAGCACUUACGUGAUGCUGAUAAGAUGGGCACGCCACAACACUAGGGCCAAGACCUCGCCUAGUGGUGGCGACUAUCUAAAGGGCUCACCUAACACCUCUUUAGCGGGGAUUGAAGACAUUCAUACACGAAGUCUGCUGUAUGGGUCAGACGAGAAAAUGCCGCAAUCUAAAGAAGAACAAAGGUCCCACAAUGCGAAUCGUGAUGGUGAUAAAUCAUUGGCUCAGGUCAGUAGAUUUGAAAUGCAUGAUAAACGCAUAUGGUGA